AUGGCGAAUGUGCAUGAUGAUCUAGCCAAGGCGCGCAGAGAUGCAACUGAUAAGAUUGUUUCCGGCCUCGUUUGGAAAGCCGUCGAUCUCCUUGUAGUCAAGGGGCUCUUGAAAACAAACGGAUUGGGAGGGAGAACAGUCACGAUCCCCCCUCCUCCCCCGGGGGUGCGCGGCCCAGUCCGUCUCGAACAACAACUCAUGAUCGGCGCAAGCCGUCAAGACCAUCCAACGCUGGAACGUCACAGCAUCAACAAGAAUCCAGCCGCUUUCAUCUGCCACCAUCCCACUGUAGAGCUUACCACGUCCGCCGGGAGCCUGCGCCACGCCCUCGGUUGUGACCUGGAUGACGGACGUGAAUUCUGGAUCCACUGGGAAGUCUGGGGAGGGGAUCCGGAGGUGCCCGCAAGACUCACGGGGCAUAUUUGGCUGGGUAUGAGAAUUCCCCAUAUCUGGAAGGCGGAAGCCCGAAGCCUGUACGACACGAUGCAUUCCCUCAGUGACCGUCUGCCACUGCGCCCUCCUUUCUACCUCCUUUCACUGUCGGACCAUCUUCCUCUCGAAGUCCAACCUUUCUGCUUUGAAAUCAUGGGACGCAUGGAUCGCAAUCCGACCCGUAUCGAUCAUCUCACGCAACCGUUGCCUCAACUAUGGCUCAGAUCUCAAACGCUGAAGGAUAACGCUGGGGAUCGGCCGCAACGCGACAGGCCUUACGGGGCGGCCGUGAAACAACUUGAAGUCAUACUCGGCAUGGCAGAGUUCGUCAAGGAGGUUGACCAACUCGGCCAGGGCGAGGGCGAGGACGAGGGCGAGGACGAGGACGAGGACGAGGUUAUUCACACGUAA